UUCCCACGAUGUCACUUUGAAAACUAAACUACCAUUCCCAUGAUGCACUUAGAAGCGGGAAGUUUUGACAUUCUGACCAGAAAAUAUCAGUAGCUUUUCAUUUGUCUCACAGGAUAAUAUAUGGGUUAGAUUACUCAAAUUCGGACAAGGUAACUGGAUCCUGAUUCAUCAACUGGUAAUAUCUGCUUUUGGAUAACCAACUAAGUAGCUGUAAAAUGCCUGUAGAAAUACAUGCACGUGCCAAGUGGCUUAGCUGUUGGUGCUAGCCUGGCAAAAUGACUGGUUUGCGGGUCCUAUAUCUCAGACAUGCUCAUUAUUUUGUUUUAAUGAAACUUUUAAGUACUUGUCAGCUAGCUAGGCUAGUUAGUCAGCUUGGUGUAGUCCGAUAACAAGAAUUCCGAUAAGGGCAGCUAGCUAGAUAGCAGCUAUCCUUACGCUUGUGAAUGACUAAAGAUAUUACUAGCUGAAACGCCACUGCUUAGUUAGUGGUAACCCCUUAGUUACCCGGUGUUAAAUAUCCCAAAAUCUUUCACUAUAUAAACAUAACGCAUUUGUAAUUAAACAAGACCCAUUUGUAAUGUGUCGUCAGUUUGUUUAAAAACAGUAAGGGACAUGGAUGCCUGCUUCAAAAUUGCCCCCCUUACAGGAAGCACAAUGGUUUCUCCGAAGGAACAGUGUAUUAGACUGCUUGCUUUUAACAGUGACAUCCUGCUGGUCCAGCUGGCACCCUCCUUUUCUGAGAGGGAGUCUCAGUCAGGGUCAGAGCUCAGGUUCAGAAGGAUGUCCUUUGGGCGAGAGGCAGGACAUUUCUUGGUCCGAAAUGAAAGCAAAGUACUCGUCAGCAAAAGAGCCACUUCACAGUUUGGCCUGGUUACUUGUGCCCCUGCUGUGGAUGUAAAAAACGGACAAUUGCUUCCUUGUAUUUUACUCAAACAACAGAAGAGAAAAACAAACUCCUUUAAAUACAUACUUCUCACUCUUAGCAGCUCAGACUCCUUCGAGCGACACUUAGAGUUUAAGCUGCCAUAUGAAAUGAAAGACAAUGUUACAAUUGCACGGGGCCCCACUGUGUUAUGGAGUCAUGCAAAUAGUAUUUUUUAUACAUCUGUGGAAGUUGGUGAGGUUCAGCAAGUGAAUGUUCAGUUAUUGUCAGUAUAUUAUAUUGGCGAGUUACCCAUUGGCAAAAGGAACACAAUGAUUCUUGGUUCCCAAAAAUCAGCUGAGAAGGACCAUGAAAAGCAGCCAAAGAUCACCUGGCCACACCAAGCUGUUGGAUAUUUCCUGGAGGACGGAGAGCUUUUUGAUGGAGCUUGCAUUUUACCUAAUGCAUACAUUUCUGUUGUGAAAUGCAUUUUUUUUGUCUCUGCUGAACAAGUAGGCGACAAAUUUGAGUCGUCAUUGGUGGCAGCAACCAGCAAAAAUCAGCUGGUGCGGUUCGAAACUGGGAUCCCCAAGGACAUUUGCAAGCUUCCCUUUGAGGAACCUGAAAAUGUGCAGCUGGCAGAUACAGGGCUGGGCGGCUGCUUCUUCCUUGUCUCGUUCCAAGGGGGAAAUGUUUGUGCCAUUUGGAAAAACUCUUUUCAGGUGGCUCACUGCUGGGAGGGUGUGAGCUCCCUCCAUGUGGACGACUUUGUGGCUUGUGGGACUGACCAGUUGCUGAUGCUCUUUGAGAAGCAUGAACCACCAGAGGGUGCACUUGCAGAGUUUGUCAUCACCGACCUUGGUGAUAUGACUUACACUACCAGACAGAAUGUGGUGGAUGAUGCUUCAGGUGCUGCAGACUCACUACAGGAGAAUUACCUCCGGAUGGUGCAGGUGUUAGAGUCUCGACUACAGUUGGGCAUGACCUCUCUCCGGGACCUUCAGAGAGAGCUGGAGGUGAAAGACAGGCUCCUGCUGCAGUCAGUAAAAGCCCUGGUAGAUGCUGUUUCGGGAAGAGAGUAUGUCGUGUCCAGGGCAGACCAGGAGGGCUUGGUAUCUCUGUGGGAUGAAGAUGUGGAGAAUGAAGGCCCAGAUGAGAGGCUGACCGCAUUUGAGCCCCAUGUUCUUCCCGUGGAGAAAAUAUGGCAGCGUGUCGUUGAGGAUCGCUUGGUCGUGGGUGUAGUGCUGACGGAGCAGGCCGCUUCAUCAGUGGAGAGCGUAAGCAUGUCCCUCCUGUCAGAAGACAGCCAGGGCUUAGGGGUGCACGUGCUGCAGACCCACAGCAGAAUGUUCUGGUUUCCCUGCCCUUCCACCGUAAAGGAGCCCCCGGCCAAGAGGACAAAGCAGGACCGAAGUAACAGGGCUGAGAGGCUGACUGUUACCGUGGUGACUGACCUGGCCCCAUUGGUGGCCUGUGGCAGGAUCCAGUGCGCUGUACUGCUUCACACUGGCUGUAGCAAGGGGGCUGCUUUUGCCACGCUGUGCGGUCAUGUAUCCCUGGACAUCCAGGAUGUGGCUCAGGGAAAAUACUGCCCUCACCUGGUCAACUGCUGCAAGUUCACCACAGAGGAGUGUUCCGAAGACCUCCUGAGCCUGCUGGCAGCAUGGGAAUCCUGCUCCUUCGUUCUCCGCUCCCCCGAGCGCACCCUGCACUGUGUGCCCCAGUGGUUACUGGGAGUGGCCCGCAGCGAGCCUGUGGUGUUCAGCCCUGGCUACUUCCUGUUUGUGGCAGCGGAGCCGGGUGCGGCCAUCCUGUUCCACUGGCAGGAGAGGACGCCAUUCCAGGGUGAGCUGCGCGUCUGCUGCAGGAGCCAGACUCAGCUGCUCCAGGUUUUGGACUCUCUGUGCCACUUCCUGCCUCCAUCCUGUGAGGUCCAGCACAUCCGGGGGAAGGCAGCGGAGGAGUUGGUGCUGGUGCUGGCCUCCUCCCUGGAGCGGGAGGCACUGUCCCUGCGAGAUGGUGUGUCCUCACUCCUCAGUGCUGCUAGCAUGGAGGUGCAGGGCAGAGCCCAAGAAUACGAGAAGGUGCAGCCGAUGGAUGAGCUGCAGGCGCACAGGAUUAAGAUGGAGAGAGACCGGGAGCGGAGCAGGAGCGCCUGGAGCCCCCUGGUGGAGAUGGAGCAGUAUCGUGGGCUCAGCUCUACCGUGUCCCAGUUUGGGCUGGAGGGGGACCUUGUUGCCUACUCGCUGGGGGAGGUCCUGUACGCCCCCCCUGCUGUCUGCCUAGACUGAUGCUUGAAUGUUGUGAGUAGUCAUGUUUGCCAGUUAACAUGUACAAUCCAGCUGUUUAUGUGUGAAUGCAGUCCUGAAAUUAAAAUAAAUAAAAUUCUGAUCAAAAUGAGAUUGAAUCAGUAUGCCAUUUAAAAAAUUCAAAAGAGCCGAGUUUCCAUUUCAGUGUGUGUUGUCUUCUCAUAUCGUAUAUGGGCAUAUUCACAAGAAAAGCAGUAAUUGGAUCUUAUUGUAUAUUUGUCUUUAAAUGCUUUAAAUAAAACCUUGUGUCCGGCA